AUGGCAUCAGAUGGUUGUGACCCUCCUAUUCCACCUUUAGCAAAAUCAGAUAAGGAGAAGGGCAAGAAGAAAUCUUAUAUGGUGAAGUUGUUAAAUCGUUUCAAUAAUGUAAAUGCUUCAAGUAGUCAGCCAUAUACACCUACCUCUACCUCCAUUGCUAGAUUUGUUCCACCACCAUUACAAGUUACUGGUUUGACACCUACUGCACCAUCAAUUCCACCUUCGUUGGAAGUUCCUGCCUUCACACCUAGUCCACAACAAUUUGCUGCUGAUCAAUGGACAUUACCCUCCCCCCAUGUUGGUUCUAACCCAACAACUCCCACAAAUAUGCCAUCACCACCUCCUAUAGGGGAUAACCCUCCACAUUCAAGUUCAGCAGCCAAUGACUUUGAAGAUGUUUCCAACAAUCGUCCAAUCAUUACACCUAUUGGAGGAGGGUUUUAUCCAACAAAAACAGCAUCCAAAGCAAUCACAGCCACCAUCAAGCAACAGUUUGAUGAGCCAUGGGUGACAUGGGGAAAUAUACCUCAGACACAAAGAGAUGUUUUCUUUGAGCGUUUUAGGAGGAAGGUUUCAUGGAGGUCUAACCAUGAAGAAAAGGUGAAAAAAAAUUUCCACACCAAAGCAUCUCAUAGAUUAUCUGAGAUGUUUAAAAAGGCUCGAACAGAAGGAAAAAAACCUAAUUGGAUGGGGGAUAUUGACAUCUGA